AUGUUUGGCGCCUCACCUGACCAGGUGACAUUACUGGAGGCCACAGAUGACGUGGGCGGCCACGCAAAGACUUGGGUGGAAACCACCGACCAAGGGGAACUUCCCAUUGACAUUGGCUUUAUUUUUAACAAUGUGAAUUACUACAAGUACAAGAAUUUCACUUCCUACUUUGACUACCCUUUGCAUGACACCGCCCUUAACACCUCGGGCGCAUUUAACGGCAGAUACUGGGACAACGUCCACUCCGAACGAGGAGUGCUUGGUGAGGAUUUGGAAAGAGAAGUAGAUCGAUUUAUGGAAUUGGUCAAUGAACCAGAAGAUACCUUGAGGUAUCUUACGCCUUUGGCGGCUUUUUUAUGGUGGCAUGGUUUCACCGAUGACUUCUAUAGGCUUUGUUUGACUUCCAUCAUCUCUGUGCUUUUCGUGACGAAGAUGGGUGCAGCCCGACAGUCCGCUCAAGCAACAUUGAACUAUUUCAGGCCGGACGUGGGUUUUUCACAUAUGAGAUAUCAAAAAGCCUUGGUGCAGAACAACAUCAAGGGCAGCCAAUUCCUGUGGCGUGAUAUCAUUGCAGAUGCCAACUCCACAGGUUUAUUGGACAUCCGAUUGAACAGCAAGGUGGAAAGCCUGCAAUGGCGUGGUGGCUGGGAUCUGCUGCUCAAUGACGGCAGGAUUUCCACAAAAAAGUUCUGCAAGCGGCACAAGGAAACUUUGACGUCUCUGGAGCUUGCGAGUUGCACCGUCCAUGGACUGCUUCGAAACGAUGCCUUUCUGACGCUGCUGGCGACACAGCGGGGCGUGCAGAGCUGCGUGCUGCGCCGGUCACUGCAAAGCCUGGCGUUGGCAGAGGAGCUGCGGACCUUGCGGCCGGAGGUCUAUUUCGAACGCGCCAGCACCUCGCUUCACGAGGAUUCCGCCGAAGAUCUCAGGCAGCUGGCGAAAAUCUGCAGGAGAUUUUCUCGUGACCUGGUGCUGUUUGUGUCGGGCCAUUGCGGCCGCAAUGCACCGGAGUUCAUCAAGUUGACUUUCACCUUGGAGCGGGCCACCUCGGUCUGCGAAGAAGUCUUGGACCUCCUGGGCGUGACCCCGGCGGAGUCCAGGCUGCGGAUGUACGUCUUCGGCUGUGGCAGCCACGUGGCGGCCCGGGACGUCCCAAAGGGCGGAGCGGCGAACUGGUGCAAGGCCACUCUCCGGGUGGAGCUUCACGGAACAGAGGGCCUCUUGGUGGAUUGGGGAAGCAAAUGGUGGCAGCCAUUGGAGCCGGGGGAAGCCUUUCCAGAACCUCAGACCGUGUCGGGCUACGAGGAUAUCAUCCUGGCGAUCCCAGCAUCUGAGUGUUCCAAGAUCGUGAACAAUCCUUGGAAAAAGCUGGUGUUGGGUCAGAUUGACUAUGUCACAACCUUUUUGACAUUACACACCGACGCAGAAGCCACUGUCGCACAACCACACUUUGCACCUGCGCAGAAUUCCUCGGUCUUAUAUUUUGUGGAUGAAUCCACAAUGACAGGCAAGAUUGGCCAAAUUUUCGGUGACCACGAUAGUGAACUUCUUCUUACCGUUCAUUCUGAUCAGAACGUCAUCAACCCAGAGAAGGUGAAGACGCAAUAUGCCUGGUCACAUCAUUUCUUCUCCCUCUGGGAAUUGGCCGUGGCCAGAAGAUUUGUGCCGAUGUUUGACUCUUCCGCUGGGAUCCACUUCGCAGGGGACUGGAAGGUGGGAGUUGGGCAUGACGAUGCCAUCAAGGCUGGUAUUGCUGCUGCAUGUCGAGCUGGAAUUCAUGCAGAGUUGUCCAACGAAGCACCUGCCGAAAGACAGCUCUACAAGAACCUGUUGCUGGACGUGUGUGUGGAUGCCACCACACCGCUCAGUGAAGAGGAACGAAAUCCUCUGCGGUCCGCCAGCGGUGUGUGA